GGUCGCUGUCACCAUCCUUCGCUCUCCGCGACCUCUGUAACCGACCUGCCGCCCGCUCGACGGCUAACGACGACCUGCGCUGCCGUGGCUUCUGGAAGAGCACGCGGGUGAGGUGCCACAGCGAAGCGUACCACUCCCGCCUGCGCCGUGUGCGCUACGAGCCAUACAGCAGUCGAAUCGAUGCCGCACUAGCCAGCGUCUGCACCAAUAAUGCGAGUGUGCCCAUCUACCGAGGAGCAUCGCACACCACCUCUCGAGCUCGUCUCGGGGCUAGCCAAGCAGGCCAUCCCAACUGACGUCUGCUCGCCUGCCUUGUGCUUACCCAGGACCACGUGUCCACUCACCACUCUAGAAGAAAAGAACACCCUCGCAGACAGGGACACCGCCAGCAACUUGUGCGGCCGUAUUUCACAGCAAUCAACAGGUGAACACGCUGCAGUGAGAGACCUCGGAGCACUAGAGGGUUCCAGGAUGUACGGGAUGAGCAGCCAGGGUCUCGGUUUGACGGUCAAUCUGCCCCUUAAGAGUGGUUGCGUGUCGCGCGAUUUGCGCUGCACGUACCGGCACCCCGGUUCUUGCGCCCACUGUGGAGAUGACAGAACUGAAGCAGCCGUGGCUUCGGGAGCCACUGAGUACAACCGCAGCCGCCAGUAUCGCACAGCGGUAGCGAUGACAGAAAUGCGACUGUGGAAGGGUCCUGGUCUGUAUGCAGCGCAAGAGCGAGAAUAGCGAGGCCUUUCGAACCAAACAACCCGACGCAGCGGACAAUUGUGGUGCAGGGAAGCGAUGCAUGAUCUUCCGGGAGACGACCAACGAGGCUUGGCGUGAUCAGAGGGGCAUGGGAC